AUGGCUAGUGAUGAUGAUAAAAUGUACAUUUCAUAUAACAAUGUACACCAAUUAUGUCAAGAAAGCGCUGAUAAAAUUAAACAGUUCAAACCGGAUUUAAUUAUAGCUAUUGGUGGUGGUGGUUUUAUACCUGCUAGAAUGUUGAGAUCUUUUUUGAAAGAACCUGGUCAACCAAAUAUUAGAAUUAUGGCUAUUAUAUUAUCUUUAUAUGAAGAAAUUGAACAUGCUGGUGGUAUUGAAAAGCCUGGUACGCAAGUUAUUAGAACUCAAUGGAUUGAUUAUCAUCAAUCAAAAAUUGAUUUAGUCGAUAAAAAUAUUUUAAUUAUUGAUGAAGUUGAUGAUACAAGAACAACUUUACAUUAUGCUGUUAGUGAAUUGAAAAAAGAUGUUGAAUUACACGCAAAGGAAAAGGGGAAAGAUCCUAAAAAUACUAAAUUUGGUAUAUUUGUAUUACAUGAUAAACAAAAGGUUAAAAAAGCUGAUUUACCAAAAGAUAUAAUGGAUAAUAAUUAUUUCGCAGCUAGAACAGUACCUGAUUGUUGGAUUGCUUAUCCAUGGGAAUCAACUAAUAUAGUAUACCAUCAAAAGAAAGCUGAAGAACAAGGUAAUGAUGUAUUUUUAGAUUUAGAAGAUAAAUAG